CGCGCAAGCCGCCAUUUUCCUCGCGCCGCCGGCGAUCGGACGGAACGUCGGCUCCCAACGGUCGCGGGAGAGGAGCCCGGGGAUGUUACAAAAGGAUUUGCAAGCAGGAAUCUGAAAUCAAACGUCACGUGAUGGAUUCAACUGUUCUUCAGAACUGUAUUAGAAGCUUUUUGCUCUAACUGUCCAUUUCCAGUUUCACAGAUGGGGACAGCACGAUGGCUCCAUGGUUAGCCCUGGUGCCUCACAGCGCCAGGGACCCGGAUUUGAUUCCAUCCUCGUGCGACUGUCGCUGUGGAGUUAGCACGUUCUCCCUGUCUGUGUGGGUUUCCUCCCACAGUCCAAAGAUGUACAGAGACCAGCAGACAUUGCCAAUCCGCAGUGGCCUGUGGAAAAGGGUGUAAAAAGGAUAGAAUUAGCAAUUGGGAAACAAAACGUGAACGUCCCUCUGGAGCUGCUGACGUUGCCCAGUUUAUCGUAAUCUGGACCUCGAUGGAUUUGGAACAUGGACGACAAAAGGACUGUUGACAAUGAAGAGAAACUGUACAUGUGUUCUGUGUGUGACCAAGGCUUCAGUCGAUCGUCUGACCUGUUUGAACAUAAAUGCAGUUACAGUGGUGAGAAGCAAUGUAGGGAUUGUGAGAUUGGAUUCCGAUCCCAGUCUGAGUUGGAAACACAUCGGCGCAGUCACGUUGGAGAGGGGCUGUUGAUCUGUUCAAAGUGUGGAAAGGGAUUCACUUCCUCUUCCACCUUGCAGACACACCAAUGCACUCACACUGACGAGGGACCAUUUAAGUGUCCAGUCUGCAGCAAGUGCUUCACUAGUUCUUGGGACCUGAUUUUCCACCAAAGUGUUCACACCAAUGAGAGACCGUUUGGGUGUUCUCACUGUGGGGCUGGCUUCAAAUCGUCAUCUGACCUCACCGCACACGAGUUAGUUCACACUGGGGAGAGGCCGUUCAGCUGCUCAGAGUGUGGGAAGGGAUUCACGCGCACCUCCCACUUGCUGAGGCACCAGCGAGUACACACUGGCCAGAAACCAUUCACCUGCUCCCAGUGUGGGAAGGGAUUUGCCCAGUCCUCCCACCUCCUGAGACACCAGCGGGUUCACACUGGGGAGAGACCGUUCACCUGCUCUGACUGUGGGAAGAGAUUCGCUCAGUCAUCCACCCUGCUGGCACACCAAAGACUUCACACCGGGGAGAGACCAUUCAUCUGCUCAUUGUGUGGGAAGGGAUUCGCCCAGUCAUCCAAGCUGUUGAUACACCAGCGGCUUCAUACUGAUGAGAGACCAUUUCAGUGCCCAGACUGUGGGAAGUGCUAUAAAAGUUCUGGGGAACUGAUGUCCCACCAGCUUGUUCACACUGACGAGAGACCAUUCAGGUGCUCUCACUGUGGGACUGGGUUUAAACGAUCAUCUGACCUUACGGUACACCAGCGAGUUCACACUGGGGAGAGGCCGUUCACCUGUGCAGAGUGUGGGAAGGAUUUCACUUCCUCAUCGACGCUGGUAAUACACCAGCGGAUUCACACUGGGGAGAGGCCGUUCAUGUGCUCUGAGUGUGGGAGGGGCUUCACUGAAUUAGCCAGCCUGACGAAACAUCGGAGUAUUCACACUGGCGAGAAGCCGUUCAUCUGCACUGAGUGUGGAAAGGGAUUCAGUCGGUCGUCUACGCUGGUGAUUCACCGGCGGGUUCACACUGGGGAAAGGCCUUACACUUGCUCCGAGUGUGGUAUGACGUUCACUCAAUUAUGCAGUCUGUUGAGACACCAGCGGGUUCACACUGGGGAGAGGCCAUUCACCUGCUCAGAUUGUGGGAAGGGAUUCACUCGAUCAUCUGCAUUGCAGAAACAUCAGAAAAUUCAUAACUAACUUCAGUCAUUGGAUUUUGCUGUUAGUUGCAUCCAAGCCUGUGUUGUGUGUCUUGGGUCCAUAUAUUGUUAAUGUUAGUGAACCCCACAGCAUUAAAAGGGGUUAAUAUUGUGGAUAAAGGUCAAAUAAAGUAACUUAGCUUUAAA